AUGGGCAUUUUCCUAUGCAUGGCAAUAGAUAGAUAUGUAGCCAUUUGUUAUCCCCUCCAGUAUCCUUCCAUAGUCACUGAAGCUUUUGUAAUCAAAGCCACACUAUCCAUGCUGCUCAGGAAUGGCCUGUUAACCAUCCCAGUGCCUGUACUAGCUGCCCAGAGACAGUACUGCUCCAGGAAUGAAAUAGAUCACUGCCUUUGCUCUAACUUGGGGGUCAUUAGUCUGGCCUGUGAUGAUAUCACUGUUAACAGGUUCUACCAGUUGGCAUUGGCCUGGCUUAUGGGUGGAAGUGACAUGAUUCUGGUCUGUGUUUCCUAUGCUUUGAUUAUUCGCUCAGUGCUAAGGCUCAAUUCCACUGAGGCAGUAUCUAAGGCCCUCAGUACCUGCAGCUCCCACCUCAUCCUCAUUAUGUUUUACUACACAGCUAUUGUUAUAGUAUCUGUCACUCACCUAGCAGGAAGAAGGGUUCCCCUCAUCCCUGUUCUCCUCAAUGUGAUGCAUAUUGUCAUCCCNCCAUCCCUUAACCCCAUGGUAUAUGCCCUUAGGACCCAGGAGCUGAAAGUGGGCUUCCGGAAGGUUUUUGGCCUGAGUGAGAAUGUGUCUAGGAAGUAA